GAGCACGGAGCCAGCCCAGCCUCUGACCGUCGUGGUGACAGCCACUCACUGAAGGACUAAACUUUUUGGGAGUCUCCUCAUCCGGCCGUGCUGACUGGCAAGUUAUUGUUGGUUUUGAGGGAAUGCAUCUAUCCUCUGUUUGCUCUAUAACUGGUUUUGAGGACACAUUGAGGAAAGGAUCCACACGAAUGGGAAUGCGGCAGCGCCAAACUCUCACAAUGCGGCCAGAGUGAAGGGGCAGAACACAAUACCAUUCCACGGGCUGUGGGGUUACUCGCUACAAUCUUUCAGUGCGGUAUGCUUCCAGACGAAAUAUUAUAGUUACUAGUUAACCCAGUAUUGCGACGGCUAGUGUUUUUUGAGUAGAAGAACCAGCCAUGACGUCUCCGGCCAAAUUCCGAAAGGACAAGGAGAUCGUAGCCGAAUAUGAGACUCAAGUUAAAGAGAUCCGUGCCCAGCUGGUGGAGCAGUUGAAGUGUCUGGACCAGCAGUGUGAGCUGAGGGUGCAGCUGCUGCAGGACCUGCAGGACUUCUUCAGGAGGAAGGCAGAGGUAGAGAUGGACUACAGCCGCAACCUGGAGAAACUGGCCGAGAGGUUCCUUACGAAGACACGCAGCAUCAAGGACCACCAGCUCAAGUAAGACAGGCACACACACACACACACACAAACGACAUGCACGAAUGACAUACACGCAUGCGUGCACAUGGACAAAUGAAUGCAUCACACACAUGUGUGCACACGCAUGCACAGACGCAUGCACACACACAAAGACACAAACACACACUCUACCACUCUUGUCUGUGCUGUAAAUCCAAUGUUGCAUAAGCAGCUUCGGGAGAUAUGAGCUAAGUGAUAGCAUCUGGAGAGGGUUUCACUACAGACAGACAGACAGACAGACAGACAGACAGACAGA